UCAAAAUCUCAACUUCUCCAUGUUUACAAACAUUCACACUCUUAAUCUAAGCAUCAACUUCUUGAAUGGGAGUAUUCCUCCUCAAAUUGGAGUCAUGUCCAAUCUAAUUAUUCUUGAUUUGUCUUUUAAUGAACUUUCUGGGGUUAUUCCUUCUGAAAUAACACAAUUGGUCGGUCUUCAUACAUUGAACAUGAGUGACAAUAUUUUCAGUGGGUCUCUUCCUCAAGAAAUAGGUAGAUUGAGGGAGCUGAGAAUGCUUCAUGUUCCUUGGUGCAAUCUCACAGGGACAAUCCCAAUCUCUAUAGAAAAGUUCAACAAUUUGUUUCAUCUAGACGUGGGAGGCAACAACCUUUCUGGCAGGAUUCCUCAUAGAAUAUGGCGUAUGGACCUAAAGCAUUUGUCACUUGCAAUUAAUAAAUUCAAUGGUUCCAUCCCCGAAGAAAUUGUGAAUAUGAGGAACUUGGAGAUUCUGUAUCUUCAGAAAAGUGGCCUUUCUGGAAACAUGCCCCAAGGAAUUGGGAUGCUGGGGAAAAUAGUACAUCUAGACAUGAGCAAUUGUAAUCUUAAUGGGUCCAUACCUCUUUCAAUUGGAGCUUUGACCAAUAUAUCCAUUCUUAGCUUACACGACAACCACCUUUCUGGUCACAUUCCUAGUGAAAUUUGUAAGUUAAUCAACCUUGAGAUUCUUGAUUUGUCUAAUAAUUUUCUCUCUGGCAAAAUCCCUUCAACAAUAGGAAACUUGAGAUAUCUGAAGUAUUUUUCCCUUCUUGGAAACAAACUCUCUGGCUCUGUUCCUCGUGAAAUUGGAAACCUAAGCAAUCUAAAUUUUCUUAGCCUUUUUGGCAACCAAUUCUCUGGCUCUAUUCCUCGUGAAAUUGGAUUUUUGAGAACACUCGGUCAACUAGAUUUGUCUAAUAAUUUUCUCUCUGAUAAAAUUCCCUCCACAAUUGGAAACUUGAGCAAUCUAGUUUAUCUUUACCUUUAUGCAAACCAAUUCUCUGGCAUUAUCCCAGAUGAAGUUGGAAAUUUGCAUUCCCUUGUAACAAUUCAAUUGCUACACAACAACCUCUCUGGACCAAUUCCGACCUCCAUAGGUAACCUGAUCAAUUUGAAAUCCAUUUCACUUUAUGAUAAUAACCUCUCUGGGCCAAUCCCGACUUCCAUAGGUAACAUGGUCAACUUGGAAUCCAUUUUACUUCAUCAAAACAAACUCUCCGGAUCCAUUCCUUCCACUAUUGGAAAUUUGUCAAAGCUUCGUGGAUUAACUUUAUUUCAAAAUUAUCUCAACGGCAAGAUUCCAAUAGAAAUGAAUAGACUUGCUACUUUGGAAAAUUUGCAACUAGCUGAUAAUUAUUUUCUUGGCCAUUUACCUCACAACAUUUGUAGUGGUGAAAAGUUGACACAUUUUUCUGCUAGCAAUAACAAUUUUACUGGCUAUAUUCCGGAGAGUUUGAAGAAUUGCUCUAGUCUUAUAAGACUCAGGCUUCAAAAAAAUCAACUAACUGGAAACAUAACAAAUGCUUUUGAUGUACUUCCAAACUUGGAUUACAUCGAAUUGAGUGAAAACAAUUUUUAUGGUCAUCUUUCACCAAAUUGGGGAAAGUUCCGUAAUCUCACAAGCCUCAAGAUCUCAAACAAUAAUUUAUCAGGUGUUAUCCCACCAGAGCUAGGUGGGGCAACAAAAUUACAAGAACUUCAAUUAUCCUCAAAUCAUCUUACAGGAAACAUUCCACAAGAUUUAUGUAAUUUGGUCCUGUUGUUUCAUCUAUCACUCCACAACAAUGAUCUUUCAGGAAAUAUUCCCAAAAGAAUUGCAUCGAUGAAGAAUCUUCAGUUUUUCAGUAUUGGAUCUAAUAAUUUGUCUGGCUUAAUUCCAAAUCAACUUGGAAAUUUAGUCAAAUUAUGGAACAUGAAUUUGAGCCAGAAUAAAUUUGAGGGGAAUAUUCCCUUGGAGCUUGGAAAAUUAAUAUCUCUUACAACUCUUGAUCUCAGUGGAAAUUUGUUGAGGGGAAGAUUAACACAUAUGCUUGGAGGAUUAAACAAAUUAGAAACAUUGAAUCUCUCUCACAAUAGUCUUUCCGGUGAUCUUUCUUGCUUUGAUGAUAUGAUGAGCUUGACAUCUAUUGAUAUAUCGUACAAUGAGUUUGAGGGUCCACUUCCAGACAUUCCAGUCUUUCGCAAUGCUACAAUGGAAGCAUUAAGAAAUAAUAAAGGCUUGUGUGGCAAUGUUAGCGGCUUAAAGCCUUGCCUAACACUGAGUGGGAAAUCGCAUAAUCAUGUGACAAAAAAAGUCAUAACAAUGGUUCUACCCCUUACUUUGGGCACUAUAAUGCUGGCAUUGUUUGUUUUUGGAGUCUUGUAUUAUUUAUGCAAAACUUCUGUGAAAAUGGAAGAGCUGGCUACCAAUUUACAAACUCUAAACACAUUUGCAAUAUGGAGUUAUGAUGGCAAAAUGGUAUUCGAGAAUAUUGUUGAGGCUACUGAAAACUUUGAUGAUAAGCAUCUCAUUGGAGUUGGGGGGCAAGGACGAGUUUACAAAGCAUUGUUACCCACAGGUCAAGUUGUUGCGGUAAAGAAACUACAUUCAGUUCCAAAUGGAGAAAUACUUAAUAUGAAAGCUUUUACAAGUGAGAUCCAAGCUCUUUCAAAAAUUCGCCAUCGUAACAUUGUAAAGUUAUAUGGGUUUUGUUCACAUUCCCAUUGGUUAUUUGUGGUGUGUGAAUUCUUGGAGAAGGGCAAUGUCCAGAAUAUUUUGAAGGAUGAUGAACAAGCAAUUGCAUUUGAUUGGAAUAAGAGAGUGAAUGUUAUUAAAGAUGUAGCAAAUGCUUUAUUCUACAUGCACUAUGAUUGCUCACCACCAAUUAUUCAUCGUGAUAUAUCAAGUAAAAAUGUCCUUUUGGAUUUGGAAUAUGUGGCACAUGUCUCAGAUUUUGGAACGGCCAAGUUUCUUAAUCCCAAUUCAUCGAAUUGGACCUCAUUUGUAGGAACCUUUGGAUAUGCUGCUCCAGAACUUGCGUACACAAUGAAGGUAAAUGAGAAAUGUGACGUGUAUAGUUUUGGAGUGUUGGCAUGGGAAAUACUUAUUGGAAAGCACCCUGGUGAUUAUAUAUCUUCUUUAUUGCUAUCAUCUUCAUUCAUUGGUGUUGCCUCAACACUUGAUGAUAUAACAUUGAUGGAUAAGUUGGACCAGCGUCUCCCUCCUUCAACAAAGUGUUCAGUUAAAGAGGUGGCAUUGGUUGCGAAGAUAGCACUUGCUUGCAUGACUGAAAGUCCACGAUCUCGCCCUACUAUGAAGGAGGUUGUCAAUGAGCUUGUAGUGUAAACCUCAUCUUCAAUGAACAGACUCAACAUCUCAACUAACGUGUGUAGGUCAAGAUUGAAGUUAUUAAACAGGGUUGAGUUUUACUUGCUCUUUUCUAUUUUGUACCGUCUUUUUUUUUUCUGUUGUUGUAAUUUGUGUUAUUUUAAACUUGUAUCCACUUCAAACAUGUUCGAAGAUAUAAUCACAAAUAAAUAUUGUUAUUAAUA